AUGUAUUUAACGGCCGAAACGGACUUCGGGCUCAAUAUGCUCCGGAAAUGCGCCCGUCAACGACUCUCUAGUCGUGUCGCCAAUCUCCGUGAUUUUCGCUUUGGCGAUGGUGCAGCGGGUGCAAAAGGCACCACAAAGUCCCAGAUCAACUCCGUCAUCUCUGAAAAGGGGGCGUCAGACAAUGACAUCGAGGAGCAUUAUUCGAAGCUUUCCAGUCAGAUUAUGAACGCAAGCAAUGGGUGCCCAAAAUUAUCCGAAACUUCCAGUAAACAAUACAGCAUAGAAAAGGACUAUGAGAACGAUAUCAAGAGGUGGUACAACGCUGAAGUGGAAGUCCUGGACUUCGCAGAAGCAGAGCAAGCUGCUAAGAUCAUUGACAAUUUUGUAAGCAAUACAACCGAGGGGAAAAUUCAAAACAUAGUGAACGAACAAUCUGUUGAAGGUGCAUACUCACUCAUUGUCAACGCCAUCUAUUUUACGGCCAAAUGGCAGAACGAAUUCUCCAACAGAUCUAACUCGAAUGGAACAUUCUACAGCGCCAGUAGAAAGGAUAGACAGAUAGAAUUUAUGAAUGAUAUCAAGGUCUAUCGUCUCUACGCUGAAGAUAACGACCUCCAGGUGCUCUCACUUCAGUACAAAGACACUUCGUUCGCAUUCAACAUCUUCUACCUAGAACAAGGUGAGAACACGUUUCCAGGAAGAAUCAUAAUAAUUGUUAAUAAUCUUUAA